GGCCACCGCCUGCGCGGCGCUCGAGCAGGGCGUGCCGCCUUCCUCAACCGUGCUCGCGCUCAACGGCAUCGACGUGAGCGGCCUCACUGCGGAGGAGCUGAUGCUCGUGCUCCAGAGGUCCGCGCGGCCGCUCUCGCUGACGGUGCAGCCUCCACCGAGCGGCUUCGUCGACGCGGCGGAGGGUGCUGCGAAGGAGGGAGCGACGGUCGAGGCGGUGCAGGCAGAGGAGGCGGCGGAGGCGGCGGAAGCGGAGACGCCAGGCGCCGCCGCCGCUGCGGGUGACGCGGCGGGCGAGGCGGCGGCGGGCGAGGGCUUCGCGGUGCUGGUCGAGCUCGCGAGUAACGUCGCGCACACCACGAAGGCGAGCCAGAGCAACGAGGGCGACCGCAGCGAGGGCUUCGCGGUGCUGGUCGAGCUCGCGAGUAACGUCGCGCACACCACGAAGGCGAGCCAGAGCAACGAGGGCGACCGCAGCACCGCGAACGGGCAGGGAAGUUCCGGCCCGGGUGAAACGGCAGGCGACCCCACCAUCACCGACAAGGCCAAGGCGGCCAAGGCGGCCAAGGCGGCGGCGCUGCGGGCGGAGCUCGAGUCGCUCGAGGCAAAACUGGCGGCAAUGGCGACGCGACCGGCUGCGCCGCCGGGCCGCGCGCCGCCCGGUCCGGCUCCCGAGGCGAGGGUGGGGAAGGAGCCCCUGGCAUUGCUCGUCGAGCAGCCGCUGGCGCGGUCCAGCGAGAGCCCCGCGACCGGGGCAGAGGAGGAGGCGGCAGAGAGGCAGGAGGAGCAGGCAGCUUCUCUCAAGGAGCCAGCAGCGCGUGUGGCGGCGCCCCAGGUUUCCCCCAUCGGGAAUGGCGCCGCCAGCCCCGCCAGCCCUGCCAGCCUCGCUACCCCUGCCAGCACCCCAGCCCUGUUAGGAUCAGGGCUGGAUACAACCCCUGCCCGCGGUGCGGACACCGACGUGCACCUAAGCCAGGACUGGCCGGCGCCGCCGCCGGAGGAGAUCGACGUGAGCGAUGCGGGUGCGAUGCCGGAGGAGCUCGCCGGCUCGGACGAGCCAGAGGAACUGGCGGGCUCAGAUGAUUCUGAGGAGGCGCCGCUGGCUCCGCCCGAAGCGCCACCACCACCACCACCAGCAGCGCCGCCGCCGCCCCAGCCAGAGGCGCCGCCGCCUCCGCCAGCCCCGCCAGUCGCCGCGCCGGCGCCGGCGCCCGCGUCUGCGCCCGCACCGCCGUCGCCGAGCGCUCUGGCCGCCGCGGCGGGCGAGGGCGGCGUCGCUUCCCCGGAACACGAGUCUGACACACCCGUCUAGUGUGUGCCCGGGCACAGAGAGAUUCGUGUCACGAGUCAGAGAGGCUCAGAGCGGAGCCCUACUGCUACUCUAUAAUCCUCCGUACGCGUGUAGAGCCGUAGCCCCGAGUCUACUGUUACGUGUUAGCUGCCGUGCCAUUCUGGCUAGUUCCA